AAAAAAUAAAAACAACAAAAACUGCUGCCUAAACCUCAGUCCCUCCAAAACUCAACACCGCGAAACCCUAGCGGUCCCGCGGCGGCGAUGGCGACCGGCGGCGACAAGCCCCCGUCCCUCGACGCCGACGUCGACAUGGCCGACCUCGCCUCGCUCGACGCCCCGGCCGCCUCAUCCGCCGCUGCGGCCGGCGCUCCCUCCACCCGCUUCCGGCCCAGGGCCAAGGGCAAGCCCAAACCGAAGCCCGAGGCCCCCAAGCCCGAACCUCUGGCCGUGCCCAAAUCAGAGCUGGAGCCGGAUCCGGAACCAGAGCCGGUGUCGAUGCCGGAGCCCGUGGCCGCCCCCGCGCCGCCUCUGGAGGAUGAUCGCCUGGACGCUAUGGAGGUGGACGGGGCGGGGGACGCUGCUGGUCCUGGAGACGGGGCGGCGGCGGAGGAGGAUUUCGUGGUGCGCGAGAUCGAUGUGUACUUCACCCCCAAGCCCUUCGACGACGACACCAAGCUGUACAUUAUGCAAUAUCCCCUACGGCCAUGUUGGCGCCCAUAUGAGUUAAAUGAGAUAUGUGAAGAGGUUCGCGUGAAGCCAUUGAGUUCAGAAGUUGAAGUUGAUUUGAGUGUCAAUAAACAGAGUGAAAAUUAUGACCAAGAGGCACCUUUGGGACUGACAAAACAGACACUUUCAUCAUCAAAGGCAGAAGAUGUUUCUGAUUAUGCGGUUGGAAUUCUUAAAGGCAACUUGCCUAUGGAAUUGUGGCAGUCCACACUUAGGUUGGAUAUUUAUGGCAGCAGCAGUGAAGCAAAUCCUAAAUGUUUGAUACUGCUCAUUUUGGCUGUAUUAGUAGGGACAGUGGUGCAACUGCGACCAUCAAUGUCACAUGUAAUUUCUGGUCGAGCAUAUAAUAGGCAGGCUUUACAAUCUCGGGAAAUGAAUGGUGGUGCUAGUGGUUCAAAGGCUCCAUCUCGUAAGGGAAGUGAGCGCCCAGAAGAUUCCAAGGACCACACAGAAGAUUCUGAGCCAUGGAUUUCUCUCACGUACCAACCAGCAGGGAGUAAUAUUGCAACCAAGUACCAUGAUAAGAUGAUAUCAAAUGAGGGUGUUCCUAUUGAUUUCACAAUGAGCAAGUCUGAUUAUGUAAUGUCCUUGUGUCCUGGAGCCUCAACUAGCAGCAAGCAUAUUAACAAAUGCCAAGCAAUAAGGGAGAUGCUUUUGCUACCACUUGAAGAACGCCUGAAAAAAUGGUUUACUGAGGUUUCAGAAGUAAACCAAUUUGAUGCUCUGAAGCACCUUGCUCCUACCUAUUCAGAGGAAGAAAUCCUGAAAGCCCUUCCAGACUAUGCAUAUUUGGUGCGUGGUUUAUGGGUCUGCAAAAGUUCUUUGUUGUUUGAUGAUGGAUAUGCUUCCAAAAGAGACAGAAUUCUUCUCGAAUUUACAAAAAGGGAGUCCAUCCCUGAGAAAAUUCUACAAGUAUGGAUAAAACCGGAUGACCUUAGGAGGAAGAGGAUACUGAUUCCAUUGUGUAAAAGACGUGGAGUUCUGAAGGACUAUAAAUUUAUAUCCUCAGAUAUGUCCUUUAUAAAACACUAUCCUCACAUAGUCAAUGAACAAGAGUCUGCUUGGUCCACUCAUGAGAUGAAUCUUCAAGAGUCUCUUGAAGUGUCCAAUAAAGUGGCAUGGAAUACCAGGAAAUCGACCAGACCUAAUGUUGAUUCUAAAGGGCCUAAUCCAAAUACAAGCAAGGGUAGGGAUGGCCCUGCUCAAGGAAGUGAUGUGCUGUCUGUUUUGGGCACUGUUUUCACUGCCAACAAAGUUCGCAGCAUGCAGGCAGUUGUUAAAGACUUGCGUCAGUUGGCUGCAAAAUAUGCUUCCAAUAGAAAGGAUGGAUCAAAACUGCAAGCUCUGUCCAAUGCUGCAAAAUCUUGUGCAUCGCUUUCUCAUGAUGAGCUCAAACACUCAAUAUCUCUAGUUGCUGCUGCUGUUCAUGAUGUAUUUGUUGCAAAGCCUGAGGUGAAGGUAUCUCUACGGAACGUACUCAUUUUUCUCUUCCGUAAGAAAGAACCCAAUGCAACAUUGACCAAGCAGGAAAUUCUUGCUACUGCUGCAACUUAUUUAAAAAAAGAGAUUACUGAUAGGGAGUACCAUCAGGCCGUGACUGAGAUCUGCAUUUCUACUGAAGAUGGGCACUUGGUUUUGAAAAGUGGUGACGAGCCCUGAGUUCACUAUGAUAUACCUUUUGAAGGUCCAAGAUGGACUUCUUUACCGGACAGGAGUCUUCUUAACUGACAGCUGGAAGAUUUUUUGGGCCUCAUCAUAUUACCUAUCCUGGUUACAUAUUUCUUGGUGUUAUACAAUAUUGGUCGAUCAGCUUUUUGGAGUAUUGCAAGUUCUGCAGGGUUAGCAAAAUUUAGUACAUAACCAGUCAUCUGGUCUACAUAGCUAAUCAUUAGUCAGUAGUUUCUGCCACUUAUAGACCUUGACCUUAUCAUGGUUACGGUAUUCCUUACUUGGAAACAAGAUUACUGAUGAAGCUUGGUAGGGUUGUGCCGAAUUUGGAAAUGGCUGCUGCCAUGGUCGGAAUAACAUUUUAGCUAGUUAAUAUUGCGUUUUUUUUUGCUCUUAAUCCUCUCUGUUGUGAACAUAUCAUUGCACUCCAGUUUAAACUUCAAUUGUUUUUAAUUCUGAUUA